AUGCCUGUAAUUAUUCCAUGGCCUUCCCCCAUUUCCAAUCCUACCAUCUCUCUCUUCCUCCUUCUCCUUCUUACUCAUCAUCUAACCACCAUCAUCUCCGUCAACCCACAAGGGGAAGCUCUUCUCUCUUGGAAACAAACCCUUAAUGGCUCCAUCGAUUCUCUUUCCAAUUGGGACUCAACCCAUCAAACCCCUUGUAAAUGGUUUGGAAUUUCCUGUAAUUAUGCAGGUGAAGUUAUUGAGAUCAAUUUGAGAGAUAUAGAUUUACUUGGAAAUGUCCCGUCCAAUCUCUCUUCCUUUUCAUCUUCUCUUACUAAGCUUAUUCUAACCGGGACGAACCUCACCGGUUUAAUCCCUCCAGAGAUCGCGUCUCUUCAACAGCUUAAAAAUCUCGAUUUGAGUGACAAUGCCUUGAACGGUGAAAUCCCUUCUGAUAUUUGCGGAUUGUUGAAACUCGAAGAGUUAUAUCUUAAUUCGAAUCGGCUAGAAGGUUCAAUUCCGAUUGAAAUUGGUAAUUUAACGAGCUUGAGAUGGCUUAUUCUUUAUGAUAAUCAGCUUAGUGGGUUUAUUCCGAUCACCAUUGGAAGAUUACAACAGCUUGAAGUGAUACGCGCCGGCGGAAAUAAAAACCUUCAAGGGUCUGUUCCUGAAGAGAUUGGGAAUUGUACUAAUUUAGUAAUGAUUGGACUUGCUGAAACUAGUAUUUCUGGGUUCUUACCUGUCAGUCUUGGCCGGUUGAGAAAGUUGGAGACAAUUGCUCUUUACACUGCUCUUCUCUCCGGCCAGAUACCACCGGAGCUCGGCGACUGCGUCUCUUUACAGAGCAUUUACUUAUAUGAAAAUGGACUUACUGGUUCGAUCCCAAGUAGGCUUGGGAAUCUGAAGAAUCUCCAGACGUUGUUGCUUUGGCAGAAUAAUAUCGUGGGGACGAUUCCGAUUGAGCUCGGGAACUGUGAGCAGCUUCAGAUAAUUGAUGCUUCAAUGAAUUCGAUCACCGGAAGUAUACCGGAAAGUUUUGGGAAUUUAACCAAGCUUGAGGAAAUUCAAUUGAGUGUCAACCAGAUCUCCGGGCAAAUCCCGACACAGUUGGGAAAUUGUCGGAGCUUGACACAUAUUGAGCUCGAUAAUAAUCAAAUCAACGGUGGGAUUCCAUCGGAAUUGGGUAAUCUUCCCAAUUUGACACUUUUGUUCUUGUGGCAAAAUAAGCUCGAAGGCAGUAUUCCUCCUUCUCUUUCUUUAUGUCAAAAUCUUGAUGCUAUGGAUCUUUCUCAGAAUUCAUUGACUGGUUCGAUUCCGAAAGGGAUAUUCGAGUUGAAGAAUAUGAACAAGUUGUUGCUUCUAUCAAAUAACUUAUCAGGUGAGAUUCCAUCGGAGAUCGGGAAAUGUUCGUCAUUGAUUCGCUUUCGUGCGAGCAAUAACAAGCUCACCGGUUCAAUCCCUCCUGAAAUUGGAAACUUGUGGAAUCUUAAUUUUCUGGAUCUGGGCUCGAAUCGGCUCACUGGAGUGGUGCCGGAGGAGAUAUCUGGUUGCCGGAAUCUCACAUUUUUGGACUUACACUCGAACUCAAUCGGCGGGAAUUUACCGGCGAGUCUGAAUCUUCUCUCCGGUCUUCAAUUUGUGGAUGUUUCGAAUAAUAUGAUAGAGGGUACGUUGAAUCCGAGUAUAGGAUCACUGACUUCACUCACUAAACUCGUACUCGGGAAGAAUAAGCUAUCUGGGUCAAUUCCACCGGAGAUUGGUUCAUGUUUGAAGCUUCAAUUGCUUGAUAUCGGCGGCAAUGAUCUCUCCGGAGAGAUUCCGGGGAGCAUUGGUAAGAUUCCGGCGAUGGAGAUUGCUCUGAACCUUAGUUCGAACAAACUCUCAGGUCCAAUUCCAUCCGAGUUUACAUCAUUGAACAAAUUAGGCAUCUUAGAUCUAUCCCACAACCAAUUAUUCGGAAAUCUUGAUUAUCUAUCUGAGCUAGAGAAUCUAGUCGUUCUCAACGUAUCAAACAACAAUUUCUCCGGCAAGGUACCGGAAACUUCCUUCUUCUCAAAGCUUCCUCUGAGCGUUCUCUCAGGGAACCCAUCUCUCUGUUUUUCCGGCGAUAGAUGCGCCGGCGGCGGUGCUACGGCUAGGCAUGGUAUUGGGCCGCGGGUAGCGAUGGUGGUGCUACUGUGCGCCGCAUGUGCGCUUCUCUUGGCUGCUCUCUACAUUAUCCUCGGAGGCAAAAUGAGUGGGGGUGGGACCCAUGGAGACAAUCAUGACGGAGAAGAUGACGUGGAAGUGGGUCCACCUUGGGAUGUCACGUUGUACCAAAAGCUCGACUUGUCAAUUGCCGACGUAGCUAAAUGUCUGACGGCGAGUAAUGUGAUAGGCCGAGGUCGAUCCGGCGUAGUUUACCGGGUGGGUCUUCCCGUUGGGGUUACGAUUGCAGCUAAGAGGUUCCGACCGUCGGAGAGAUUCUCGGCGGCGGCGUUUUCGUCGGAAAUUGCUACCUUGGCUAGAAUCCGGCAUAGGAACAUUGUUCGAUUGUUGGGUUGGGCUGCAAAUAGGAAGACGAAACUUUUGUUUUAUGAUUAUUUGUCAAAUGGAACAUUGGGUGCAAUGCUGGAGGAAGGUGGAAUUGGUGGGGGGUUGCCGGAAUGGGAGACCCGGUUGAAGGUGGCGCUUGGGGUGGCUGAAGGGUUAGCUUACUUGCACCACGAUUGUGCUCCGGCGAUUCUUCAUCGGGACGUGAAGUCCCACAAUAUACUAUUGGGUGAUUCCUAUGAACCGUAUUUGGCUGACUUUGGGUUAGCCAGGCUUGUUGAAGAUAAUCAUGAUGACACUAGUAAUUCAAGUGUCUCUUUUACUCCGGCGCCCAAUCCUGAGUUUGCUGGGUCCUAUGGAUAUUUUGCACCUGAAUAUGCUUGCAUGCGAAAAAUUACGGAAAAGAGCGACGUUUAUAGUUACGGGGUGGUUUUGUUGGAAAUCAUAACGGGGAAGAGACCUGUGGAUCCAUCUUUUCCUGAAAAUCAACACUUGAUUCAAUGGGUUCGCGAGCAUCUAAAGAGUAAAAAGGAUCCGGUGGAAGUGAUAGAUCCAAAGCUCCAAGGCCACCCGGACACUCAAAUACAAGAAAUGCUUCAAGCCCUUGGCAUUGCUCUAUUGUGUACCAGCAACAGGCCUGAGGAUCGCCCGACCAUGAAAGAUGUGGUGGCUUUGUUAAAGGAGAUUCGACACGACCAAGCCCAAGGAGCGGAGGCGAAGAAGCCUGGACCACCGAGCAGCAACUCGGUAUCAAAACCGGGGGCUCAAUCAUCAGCAUCGGUUACCCCUGCUCAGUUGUUACUCCUUAAAGGAUCUUCAAAUUGCUCCCUUGUUUACUCUUCAUCUUCAUCUGGUUAUAUAUGAAUUAGGAAUUAAUACUACUAAUAAUUAGGAUUACUAAUUCAUUAUCAUUGUUGUAUUGUUUGUUAUUGUUAGGAUGAAAUGGAGAAAGAAUGUAAAGAGCUUAGAAGAUAAUUUUAUAGCAAGAGAUGAGCAGAGAAAACAAUAAUAAUAAUCUCAUCUGUUUAUUGCA